AGAAGUUGAGCAGGGGGAGGGACAGAGGCGAUGCACUUGAUCUGAUGCAAAGCGGCAGAUUUCUCAUUAACUUACCCGCUUGAACAUAUUAAUGUGCAUAUUCUCCCCUCCUCUCUCUCUCCCUCGGCCCCCCUUCCCUCUCCUGCUCCCUCGCGCUCUCUCCCUCUCAGCUCUCUCUCUCUCCCUCGCUUUCUCUUUUUCUCUCUUUUUCAUUCUCUCGCUCCCUUCAUAUCAGAAUCGCGCAGAGCGGCGUCCGUGUAGGGAUGCGAGAAGCCGAUGGCACGAGGGUCCGACGGAAGACGCAAGCGAUCGUGAAAACACGCAGCAAAAUAUGAAACUUCUCGUUCGCAGCCGCGUAAAUCGUAGAAAAACUGGUCGGGAACUGGCACCGUUCACCGGAAUUGUGAUGCUGGAACUCCACGGCGGGGACGUGCCCAUGGAAGCUUCAGCUAAGUUGUUUUAACAAAGGUAUACAAACGCGACCCGUUGAGUUUUUUUGGGGGGAAACCGAGGCUCGGCUGCUGCGUUGUUUGUUCCCUCAGUAAACGUGAAGCUGACAACUCUCUGAAGCUGCUGCGCUGGUAUAAAGACAUUCAAACGCGAACCCCCUCGAACAGAAUCAGCACCCACAACAACAGCAAAAGAUGAGCUCAUACUUCGUCAACUCUCUCUUCACUAAAUACAAAAGCGGAGACACUCUGCGGCCGAACUAUUACGAGUGCGGAUUUGCUCAGGACCUAGGGACGAGACCCACCGUCGUGUACGGUCCAGGCACCGGGGCCACUUUCCAGCACGCGCCUCAGAUUCAGGAGUUUUACCACCACGGCGCGUCCACGCUCUCCGCGGCUCCUUACCAGCAGAGUCCCUGCGCGGUAACUUGUCACGGCGAGCCGGGUAACUUCUACGGUUACGACGCUCUCCAGAGGCAAACGCUUUUCAGCGCUCAAGACGCCGACCUGGUGCAGUACAGCGACUGCAAGCUCGCCGCGGGGGGCAUCGGCGACGAGGCGGACAACGCGGAGCAGAGUCCGUCGCCCACGCAGCUCUUCCCGUGGAUGCGACCUCAAGUAGCUGCCGGACGGAGGCGAGGCCGCCAGACCUACAGCCGCUAUCAGACGCUGGAACUCGAGAAAGAGUUUCUCUUCAACCCCUACCUGACGCGCAAGCGACGGAUCGAGGUGUCGCACGCCUUGGGACUGACGGAACGACAGGUCAAAAUCUGGUUUCAGAACCGUCGCAUGAAAUGGAAAAAGGAAAACAACAAGGACAAGUUUCCGAGCAGCAAGUCUGAACAAGAGCAGAUCGAGAAGGAGAAAAGGGAGAAAGAACAGGCAUCCGGGACACAGCCAGCCGGCGAAGACUGCGACAAGGCAAAACAAAUGUAAAGCGGAUGCGAGUGUGUGUAUGAGUGUGUGUGUGUGUGUGUGUGUGUGUGUGUUUGUGAGUGUAGACUACGUGUGCCAGUCAAUCAAAACGGCAAAGAAUAAAUAGGGAAAAUAAAACAGACAAUGACGAAGAGAAUAACGGUGUUUGCAUGGGAGGUUUGUCUCACAGAGACGUUUUAAUCAAGUCGAGUGGUUACAUCUUUCACUCGAGGAAGGAACGGAAGAAGAAGAAAAAAAUGACUGGGACCAGACAAACGACUACACACUUGAUGUGGCGACCACAGAACUUCAGGAAGACGAAGGACGAGAGGCAUUUCUACUUUUUAACUGUUGUUCAGAGAGUAUGAUAGUGUUAAAGCUAGUCUCAUUUCUUUGUGAAAUAAUUAUCGUGAAACCUAAGUUUCUAUUGUUAGGAUAUCGUCAUUAACAAUUACCUUGGCAGCUGUAUAGUUUUUAAGUUAAAUGGUGCACUUUUAACUGUUCUCACUUAUAUGUUAUGAUGAUGACGUAGAAAUUAAUGACUUCCAACAACAUGAAACUGCCUAUUUAUGCCGUAGAAUCUCUUUUUACACGUCUUUGGUUCUUCUUAAAUCGAUGGUAUUUUUUUGUUGUCUUCCUUUCAUGGGGUAAGCAUGCGCACAGUGGAUUAUAAAAUGAAUAAACAUAAUAAAAAAGAAUUUUGAAAAUUGU